AUGGAUUCGAAGGCACCCUGGAGACGUUGCACAGACGCAAAGUCAUUGCGUGUAGCUCACAAAAUCAUACCGCGCUCACCUAUCCUCACCGAGUGUCUUUCAGUAGCCUCAUACAAGGGUGAACUGCAAGCCAUGUCCAACACCAUCCAAGAAAAUGCUGCCGCCCUCCUCUACCAGCAUCUCCGACGAGAUAUCUCCAGCGCCAACUUAGCUAUCCUUUCCUUCUAUGCCGAUACCCGAGAUGCGACGAAGCGGCGAAUCACGAACGAUUGUACGGAGAUCUGCACGAUCGACGGCUUUCAAGGGAAAGAGGCCGAUAUUGUCGUGCUCCUCACGACGCGCACCAUUCGCUCAGGCGACGCUACGGACGAUUUCUCGUUUUUAGCUGACCCGCAGCGAGUCACGAUUGCACUGUCGCGAGCACGACAUGGAUUGUUCCUGAUUGGCGACUUCGAACUUCUGCUGCAGUCAUCAACAUGGCGCUUAUAUAUCGACAAGGUCGCAGAAUAUACUCCAAUAUUCCGGCAAUCAUGUAUCAGUCAGCUGCAGUGUGGGUUCGAGCGAUCUGGCGAAAUAAUCGUGGAUCUAUUGGGAGAUGACUUAUUUCCGGACUAUUCCUUUGAUCAGAAUGAACAAUGGCGACGAUAA